GGAGCAUGGCCCGGCGGCGGCGGCUGCUGGUGCUGCUGCUGCUGCUGCUCGGCGCGGGGCCCCUGCCCGACGGGCUCUUCGUGACCGAUUACUUCACCCGCACGCCGCGCAAGCUCAACCCCUUCCGCUCCUUCGCCAGCAUCGAGCUCUUCCACUUCCGCAUCCCCGAGGACACCCUGGUCGCCGUCUGGAACCUCAUCACCUUCAAGGAGCAGGGCGGCACCUUCGGGGACCAGUGCCCAGACCGCAGCGUCACCGUGUAUUUCCGCUCCGGGGCUCCCCCCGUCAUCGCCCCCCUCCACACCCACUUUCCCCGGGACACGGCCGUCCCCGGCUCCUUCACUCUCACCCUCACCUGGAGUCUGCCGAACCGCACCACCGGUGUCUUCAACAUCACCAGCCCGCUGCCCGGAGACUGGUUCCUGGCCGCCCACCUUCCCAAGGAUGAGGGCAAGAUCUCCGUCAAGGGUCUGUACGAAGAGUGCCAGUACCUGUUUCAGCCCCAGCUCAUCGUGCAGCGCCUCGUGGGGAUCGCCGUGCUGUACCCCGGCUAUGUCAGCACCCAGACCAUCGCGCCCCACAACCGCUCCAGCCUCUACAAGGUCUUCGUGCCCAGCCACACGUCGCGGGUGCUGGUGCAGGUGCUGGGCUGCCGGGCUGGGAACCACAGCGCCGCGGGCUGCCCGCUCUGGCUGACGGUGCGAGCCAAGGCCCCCCCGCUGCACAACUCCAGCGGCCUGGACUGCCGGGAGCGGGCGCCUUGCCAGCUGGCGCUGGAGCUGCCCCUCUGGCAGCACUGGUACUAUGUGCUGCUGGAGAAGGCCCUGGGAGUGCCGGGCCCCAUCCACUUCCAGCUCACCGUGCAGCUCACAGACUGCUCCAGGCCCGGCCUGUCCCGAGCGCCUGUCCUGCUCCCCGCUGCUGCCAUGAACAUGCCCCAGUCCUUUGGAGCCUUGGUCAGCCUGUCACUGGGGGAGAUCCUGCCCUCCGUGGCACCGAACAGCACCCAGCCACCACCAGCUGUGCCACCCCCUGGCGAGCGCUGCUGGCCCAUCCGGCCCACACUGCGCAACGAGCUGGACACCUUUUCUGUCCACUUCUACAUCUUCUUCGGGCCCAACGUCUCGGUGCCACCCGACCGGCCCGCAGUCUUCGGCAUCAGCCUGCUGCCAGUGCUGGACAGCGGGGGGGUGCUCAACCUGGAGCUCAAACUCAAUGUGUCAUCCCUGCGGGGGGAGAACGUGACGGUCUUUGGGUGUCUGACCCACGGGGUCCCGCUGAUGGCAGGAGACAACGCGUCUGUCACCUGUGAGACAGGGUCCCUGGCUGGAUUCCUGCUGUCUGCCAACAGCACGGCCAGCCUGGCCCGCGUACGGAUCCCCUACCCCCAGACUGGCAGCUGGUACCUGAGCCUGCGCUCGCUCUGCGCCACGGAGCACGGGUUCGAGCCCUGCGCUAACGUGACAGCGGAGGUGUAUUUACGGACCUACCUCUCCCCCUGCAUCGACGACUGCGGCCCCUACGGCCAGUGCAAGCUGCUUCGCACCAACAACUACCUGUACGCGGCCUGCGAGUGCAAAGCAGGCUGGAACGGCUGGGGCUGCACGGACAGCGCCGAGGCCUUUUCCUACGGCUUCCAGCUCCUGGCCACGCUGCUGCUCUGCCUCAGCAACCUCAUGUUCCUGCCGCCCGUGGCCAUCGCCCUGCGCAGCCGCUACCUGCUCGAGGCCUCGGUCUACGUCUUCACCAUGUUCUUCUCCACCUUCUAUCACGCCUGCGACCAGCCGGGCAUCGCCGUGUUCUGCAUCAUGGAGUACGAUGUGCUGCAAUUCUGCGACUUCCUCGGGUCCCUCAUGUCCGUCUGGGUCACCGUCAUCGCCAUGGCGCGGCUCCAGCCCCUCGCCAAGCAGGUGCUGUACCUGCUGGGCGCCAUGCUGCUCUCCAUGGCCCUGCAGCUGGACCGCCACGGGCUCUGGAACCUCCUCGGACCCAGCCUCUUCGCUGUGGGGAUCAUGGCCGUCGCCUGGACGGCGCGCAGCAUCCACCGGCGUCACUGCUACCCGCCCACGUGGCAGCGCUGGGCCUUCUGCCUGUGCCCGGGCGCGCUGAUCGCGGCGGGGGCCCUGCUGCUCUACGCCUGCGUGGAGACGGAGGAGAACUACUUUUACAUCCACAGCAUCUGGCACAUGCUGAUCGCGGGCAGCGUGGGCUUCCUGCUGCCGCCGCGCCCCAAGCCCUCCGGGCGCCUGGGCCCCCUGCCCCGCCACAAGGGCUGCGGCUACCAGCUCUGCGUCAACGAGCAGGAGGAGCUGGGGCUGGUGGGCCCCGCCACGGCCUCCAUCAGCAGCGUCUGUGCCAGCUGACAGCGCCACGCCCGCCUGGCCUCCGCGGGCACCACGCUGGGGGCGACAGACAGAGCCCAGCCCCCCGACGGACCCACACCGAGGGGCAUCCCCCACCCCAGCCUCCCGCUGGGCCUGAGCCCCAUGGCACCCCCGGGUGGUCUCUGCCUGCUGCUGCCCCACGGACUGGCUCAGCCCUCUGCUCACGGUGACUGGGCUGCAAAUCCCCUGCUUGGGGCACUUAUGGGGCUGCCACGGGGCAACACGCCAAGCCCAGCACAGCCUGGCUCCCUGCCCGUGCCAGGUCACCUGCCUCCCAGGCCGGGGGCUCUGCUGUGUAACGGCAAUUACAGCCCCAUGGAACUUGG